UUCGGCAAUAAUCCGUGCAUCUGGAGUGGAUUUUAAGCAGGGGAAAUCGGAACGACCUGGGAAAUAGGACGGUCUCAGAUGUCGGAGCAAGGCGGAGGGGCGUUUUCUGAGUCGAGCUGAGGUCUAAAAGAUGCUGCCUCCAGCCCAUUCCUGAAGGCUCCCAGCAGGAGAGGUCGUGAACUGGGGGAAAACAGCUGCCGUGGUUCGAGACCAGCUCACCUGGGUCCUGGAUAACAAUACGCUGCUGUUUUAGCUAAACAGCCGGAAAGUAAUUUAUUCAAAGCGUUCGCACUGGGGGGGAAGGGAGAGGGAACCAAAACAAAAGGAACAACCCAGCUUUAAAUAAAUCUCGUUUUGAAGUAGAAGGCAAACAGAGGCACUGCUCAUUCAGCCGGUGGCCACACUUUGAAUACGGCUGUAUGGACAGUUAAAUCUCUAUGGUUUGACCUCGGAAGAGAGAAAUCGAGCCGGUAAUCUCUGCUUUCCAGGCUUUGCGGUGGGAAAGCUUCGAAUCCUUCUACAGAUCGGCCGCCUGGUGCCGCUGCUGACCGCGGAAGCUCCGCGCAGCUCCCAGCUCCGCCGCCCCCGCGAUUCGGGCGGGCGGGGCUGCACCAUCUCGGGCUGCUCCGUUCGGGGGUCUGCAGGCUGUAUCGGCGGCUCCCUCCAGCUCACAGGAGAGGAGAUCGGGUCGCUGGAAGGGAAUGAAGCUGAUGAAGAGCGAGGAGCCGCUCCCGGGGCGAGCGGUGGCUCUGAUCCUUCUCCUCUGCGUCCUGGGGAUGAGAGCAGAACCCGCUCGGUACUCUGUGCCCGAAGAGGCGGAGAAAGGCUCUUUUGUGGCGAAUAUCGCUAAAGAUUUGGGACUGACCAGUGAGGAAUUAUUGGCUCGUCAGGCUCGACUCGUUCCUGAAGGAGAAAAGCAGUAUCUUCAGCUUAACCAGCACACCGGGGAUUUGGUGGUGAGAGAGCAAAUGGACCGGGAGGAGCUGUGUGGACAGAGCGAGCCCUGCUUGGUGCGUUUCGAGGUGCUGCUGGAGAGCCCACUGCAAUCCUUCCGAGCUGAGGUAAGACUCACCGACAUAAAUGAUCAUGCUCCUGUGUUCCUAAAUAAAGAGAUAGUUUUAAAGAUCCCGGAACUGACAAUGCCUGGGACUCGGUAUUUGUUGGAAAGCGCUCACGAUCCAGAUGUGGGGAACAAUAGUCUUCAGCAUUAUAGUAUCAGCUCGAACAAGUAUUUCCUUGUGUAUACCCGGCGGCGGAGUGACGGCAGGAGGUAUGCCGAGCUGGUGUUGGAUCGAGCCCUGGACCGGGAGCAGCAGGCAGAACUUGCUUUCAGCAUCACGGCUGUGGAUGGUGGGACUCCACCGCGGUCUGGCACAGCCUUAAUCCGCGUGGUAGUCCUGGAUAUAAAUGACAACAUCCCGGUAUUUACCCAGAGUCUGUAUAAAGUCUCCAUAAUGGAAAAUAGCUCACAGGAUGCCAUAGUGGUGGUAGUGUCUGCUAGUGAUUUAGACUUAGGCACAAACGGGGAAAUAGUCUAUUCCAUAGUUCAAAAUUCAGAGGAAAAUUUCGAAACGUUUAAAAUAAACCCAGAGACAGGUCAGAUUCGACUCAAAAAGCCUUUGGAUUAUGAAGAAACAAAGCUGUACGAGGUAGAUGUCCAGGCCACAGAUGGAGGGGGCCUGUCCACGCAUUGCAAGGUGGAGGUGCAGGUGAAGGACGUGAACGAUAAUGCCCCCGAGGUGAUCAUCACCUCGUUCACCAGCACCCUCUCCGAAGCCGCCCCUCUGAACACCGUGGUGGCCCUCUUCAAUGUGCGGGACCGAGAUUCGGGGGACAAUGGCAGGACGACCUGCGAGCUGACAGGGGAGCAACCCUUCAGGAUCACGCUGCUGGCAGCCGACGCGUACGCGCUGGUGACAUCAGAGACACUGGACCGGGAGCAGGUGGAGGAAUACAACGUGACAGUGCGAGCCCGCGACGAGGGCUCCCCCGCCCUCUCGGUGUCCAAGACCCUGUUCGUUCGGCUCUUGGAUGUGAACGACAAUGCACCCACCUUCACCCAGUCCAUUUACACCAUGGGGAUGAGCGAAAACGAGCCCGCGGGGAGGAGCCUGGGCCGCCUCAGUGCCACGGACCUUGACGCGGGAGAAAACGCCCGCGUGAGAUACGCGCUAGUGCUGCCACCAACAGGCACCCUCGCCGCGGCAUCAUUUGUGUCAGUGGACGCGGAGAGUGGAACCGUCCGGAGUUUGCGCCCGCUGGACUACGAGAAGGUGCGCGCCUUCGAGGUGACAGUGCGCGCAGCCGACGGCGGCUCCCCGCCGCUCAGCGCCCAGGCCGUGCUACGCGUAGUCGUGCGGGACGAGAACGAUAACGCGCCCGUGCUGCUGCACCCGGCCCCCGACAGCAGCGCGGCCGGAGAGCUGGUGCCGCGCUGGGCGCCCUCCGGCUACCUGGUGGCCAAGGUGGUGGCGGUGGACGCGGACGCGGGGCAGAACGCGUGGCUGUCCUACGAGCUGGUCAAGGCGACGGAGCCGGGGCUGUUCCGCGUGGGGCUGCACAGCGGCGAGGUGCGCACGGCGCGGGCCGUGUCCGAGAGGGACGCGGCCCGGCAGAGGCUCAUCGUGCUGGUGCGGGACCGCGGGCAGCCGCCGCGCUCCGCCACUGCCACCCUCGCCGUGGCACUGGUGGACGAUUUCUCCGAUGCCUUCCACCAGCUUGGCCACGAUCCUGCAAGCGGAGAGCAGCCGCAGGUGGCCGAGGAGGAAAUGCUCACCACUUACCUCAUUGCCUCCCUGUGCUGCAUCUCGUCCCUUUUUCUCUUGUCCGUCCUCGUCUUGACGGCGAACACGCUCUGCAAAGCUCGUGUCCGGGCAGAACUUUCUCCACCCUCCCCCAGUUGCUACGCUGACGGAGACUUCGCCAGCGACGGCGUGGGCGUGGGCGGCACGGGCACUCUGUCGCCGGCUUACCGCUACGAAAUGUGUCUGACCAGCGGCUCGGGAAGUAGCGAAUUCCGGUUCCUGAGGCCCGUCCUGCCCAGCCCGCAUAGCAAUGCUGAGGCGGGGCUGGACAAGGACGAGGAGCCGCUAUACCACUCGCAGACCGCCUGCGACAGGGAAGCCCAACCGGGGAGCGCAGCCACUCCUUUCAGCUGCCAGACUGGCCAGUAGGCGUGCG